AAAUGUCACCUUUCAUUCUUGUCAAUUUUGACUUUGACAUUGACUUUCAACCUUAACCUCACUUUUUGUAUAAAAUUUAUUAGAAAUAAAAUUCGAACAAUGGUUGAUGAAAGUACGAAAAAAACGCUAAGUAAUAUUCCAUUGCUACGAACUAAAGCUGGCCCAAGAGAAAAGGAAUUAUGGGUGCAAAGAUUAAAAGAGGAAUACCAAUCAUUAAUUAAGUACGUCCAAAAUAAUAAAGACGCUGACAACGAUUGGUUUCGAUUGGAAUCUAAUAAAGAAGGUACAAAAUGGUUUGGAAAAUGCUGGUUCAUACACGAACUGCUUAAAUAUGAAUUUGAUGUCGAAUUCGAUAUUCCUAUAACGUAUCCUACAACAGCUCCAGAAAUUGCUUUACCUGAAUUAGACGGAAAAACAGCCAAAAUGUAUAGAGGUGGCAAGAUUUGUUUGAGCGAUCAUUUUAAACCUUUGUGGGCUCGGAACGUGCCCAAAUUUGGAAUUGGCCAUGCAAUGGCUUUAGGGCUGGGCCCAUGGUUAGCUGUAGAGAUUCCAGAUUUAAUUGCGAAAGGAGUAAUAAGUUAUAAGGAAAAAACGGAAAAAUAA